CUCCUUCCUCUCCUCCUUUUGUGCAUUUUUACAGGCUACUCCUCGGCUACGACUGGGAWACACACAUAGACAGAUAAUGGCUGUACCUCCCACCUAUGCUGACCUUGGAAAGUCAGCCAGGGAUGUUUUUACAAAGGGAUAUGGAUUUGGGGUCAUCAAGUUAGACUUAAAGACAAAGUCUGACAAUGGACUGGAGUUCACCAGCGCAUGUUCUGCCAAUACUGAGACCAGUAAAGUUGGUGGGUCGUUGGAGACCAAAUACAAGUGGAUGGAGCAUGGACUGACCUUUACAGAGAAGUGGAACACUGAAAACACCCUGGGGACAGAGAUCACCAUUGAGGACCAGUUGACUAAAGGUCUUAAGCUUACAUUUGAGUCAUCCUUCUCCCCAAACACUGGCAAGAAAGGUGGCAAGAUCAAGACAGGCUACAAAUGUGAGCACAUCAACCUCGGCUGUGACGUUAACUACGACAUCAACGGCACAGCUAUCCACGGUGCCGGCGUGGUGGGCUUCGAAGGCUGGCUCGCUGGCUAUCAGACGACCUUUGAGGCUGGCAGGAACAAAGUCACUCARAGCAACUUUGCUGUUGGAUACAUGACUGAUGAGUUCCAGCUCCAUACAAAUGUAAAUGAUGGCACAGAGUUCGGUGGUUCCAUCUACCAGAAGGUGAACGACAAGCUGGAAACAGCUGUCAAUCUGGCCUGGACUGCUGGGAACAGCAACACCCGCUUUGGCAUCGCUGCCAAAUACCAGAUUGAUUCGGAUGCRUCUUUCUCUGCCAAGGUGAACAACUCCAGCCUCGUGGGUCUUGGCUACACUCAGACCCUGAAGCCAGGCAUCAAGCUGACACUUUCUGCKCUACUUGAUGGCAAAAAUAUCAACUCUGGUGGCCACAAGCUCGGUCUUGGUCUUGAGUUCCAGGCAUAAAAAGGGAAGGCAGUGGCUCUCCAAUCCUACAAGCAUUUCCUCACCAAAAAAAAAAGAAGAAAUCAGUCCUUUUAUUAGUCCCACCUCACAACAGCCCCUCCCCUUCCUCUCAAAUGUUACAGGUAGAAGCAAGGCAGAGUGGUGAUUUCUUUUUUUUUCCUACAACACUCCUACUUUCAAAGGACCACGUAAAACAACAUCCAUCAUUUCAAGAGCUGAUCUUAAAACAAAAUUUUCAGUUUAAUUGAAGGUUGGUACAUUGCAGAACUUGUAAGGGAACAGUAGCCUUGAAUGCGUUCAUGUUGGUCUCCUUUUWUUCUUUUACGUAUACAUUCUCAUGCAAUGUUUUAAUUUGUUUCUUGUACAUUAAAAACAGUGAAACAGGAACAUUUAAAUCAGAUCAGGCCAAAUAUAUAUAUAUAUACUCAAUGUACUUGUAUGGUUACUCCUCCAGAGGGUGUUGUUACAUAGCACUGAUGAACACUCCUUCCUCCAAAGGUGUAGUGUUUUUAUUCAAAUACUUCCAACACUCAGAGCUCUUGUGUGUCUUUAUUUUAAAGGAGAAGAGUUAUUUGCCCCUGAUGUAAACAGCUGCCAGUAGCUCUAAGAGACACUACACCCCAGUGUGUACAUUCUGUAUUUUUGUGUUGCCUGUCCUUUGUGUCUGUGCUUUUGCUGUGAAUCAUGUCUUUUGUUACAUUUAGCAGCAGAGAAUAUUAUUUUAUUGAAGGUCUUGCAUAGAAACCACUGAAAGUCUUAGAAAGACAGAGAUAUACGAUAAAUCUUAUCUCGAAGAAGACAAACUGUUGUGAAUGUUACUGAUUUCUUGAUCAGAGUUUGAGCUUUUUAGGAGGAUGAAAAUAAAAACACUCCUGGAAAWGGUUGUCUUCCACAACUGGGAAUGGGAAUCAAGAUUAUUAUACUUGACAGGACUGUCACUCCUUGAACUAAAUAAUAAUAAUAAUUAAAAAACAGAUCCAGUUCCUUCUUUUUYUUUUCAUUAUGUGUGUCUUAUUGUAUUUAAAUUUUCUUAGGGUACUUUAGUGUGGUGGCAUUACUGUAUUAUUGAACAGUAAUCACCUUCACUAAAGCAGUUAUGUUUUAUUUUUUAUUUUUUGCUAUAAUAAGCAAUGUCUUUACCACCUUGACAUCCCAAAUGAAUUUGACGUUUUGGUAGGAAUAUUUCACAACUGCCCAUUAAAUCAUUUUAUUAUCGAGGCCUUGGAAGGCAAUCAAAUCCGUGGAAGACUGCCAUGUAUUGUAAGAUUCACGUGUAUAUUAGAGGAGAAAUUUUUGUUUUAAGUUGUGUGGCAGUGCUCACGUUACACCAGAUUUGAGAGGUGAAAGCAUCUAUCUUUUACAUGGUCUUAGAAAAUAAACUACAAGAAAAUACAGAAAUAAAAAUUCCAAAUACA